GGCGAAGAUGGCCGAUCCGUGUUAUGAGUCGUAAUUUGACACUGCUGCAGCCUGCAGUGUCGCAUUCGGUUAUCGUUGUUGUGUUGUGUUUGAAUUGUGUUGUGUCUUCAAUAUAACCGUUGUCACAGUGUAAAAAUAUGUGAUUUUGUAUUGAAGUUUUGUUGUAGUAUUUUAAGUGUAAGUGCAUUUAGUGGUUUUUUUAUAACUGUCAAUAUGUUGUUAUUUGCAAUAUAGUCUGGUGCCCUACCUUUAUGUAGCCUAUUAAAUAAGUCGGCUGUGGUCUGUUUAUUUCUAUAUAGGCUUAAUUGGUAGAUAUUUCAUUUCCCUCGUGAUUGUGAAAAAUAUUUUAUCAGUAAAAAUUUUGAAGGUUUAACAUCAAAUGCAGAGAUUUCUCUCAAACCUGUGUUACAAUGGAUCACAUCUGGAAAACAAUAGGAUUCCUUGGAAUAGAAAUUUUGGAGUUCUGCAGUAGUCAUCCCAUUCCUUAUCAUAAAGAUGCGCUGGAGGCGGAGGUGCCAGGCGCGCUGCUCGGCGUGGCGCUUCUGCUGGUCAGCGCCGUCUGUCUGGUGGCCUGCGUCUGCUGCCGCGAGAACCAAAGGAAGGGCUUCAAGCCCGACAAAAAGGAAACGGAAAAGGAAAAGGAGUUCCGAGACAGCACCCACAGCCUACACCACUCAGGGCUGUCAUUCACCAACCCUGGACUGAGCCCUGGCAGUGAGUUGGCCAUCUUUCCUCCACCCGGGGUGUCCAGUGUACCUAGUGUCACAUUUGAGCCCCUGCCAACACCCGUAAUCCCUGCAAGGAAACCCCCUGCACUCGGCAACCCCUUUGCUGAUUCUCUCAGUGACGCUGACUGGUUUGCCGGUGGUGAGCUGGACUUUCCUCGCCAGCAGCUUCAGUACCUGAAGGAAUGUGGUCGGGGAUGGUUUGGUCGUGUUGUGGAGGGAGAGGCUAGGGGACUCUCAGACAACAGGUACAAGGUUAUGGUGAGGAUUCUGAGAGAAGAUGCCAGUCCGGCAGAGCAGAAGUAUUUCCUGAGCGAGGCUAAGCCCUACCGAGAUCUCAACCACCUUAACGUUCUCAAGCUGGUAGGCCGAUGUCUGGAGACGAACCCUUACCUCGUGCUGUUGGAGGCUUGCUCAGCGGGUGACCUGAAGAGUUUUCUCUGUGGAAAUCUUACUAGUGCAAACGUCUUGUGUGAGCAGGGAGUCUGUCUGCGGAUCAUGUGUCAGGUAGCUUCCGGCUUGCAGCACAUGAUCUCCCAUGGCUUUGUACACACAGAUUUGGCUGCAAGAAACUGUCAAGUAACGUCAGACCUCACUGUCAAAGUUGGAGACUAUGGAACAAGUAUAGACACUUACAAGAACGAAUAUUACAUUGCUGGAGAUGUGGCUGUACCUGUGCGGUGGUGUGCUCCAGAGUCUCUACACUGUACUGCCACCACAAUCGAAACCAAACAGGUGACGGCAGAAGCAAACGUGUGGAGUCUUGGAGUACUGCUGUGGGAGGUCUGCCAAUUCGGACAGCUGCCUUAUUCUGAACUCACUGACGAUCAGGUGAUAGUGCGAGUGUUGGGCGGGGAGAGGUAUCGUUUGCCACCCCCUACUCUCCAUCCCCUCCACGCCAAUGCCCUCUACAGUCUCAUGUCGCUUUGCUGGCUGCCGUCGAGGGGUAGAGCUCAACUCGACCAUGUUGUCUCCAUGCUCAAUCACUUGCAGACCAGCCACAGUGAGGAAGACUUUCAACGACGGUGGGACGCCCUUAGGCCUAACUCAACGCCAGAGAUCACCUUAGAGACGAUGACAGCCAGAAGUGACUUUGACUCUGGAGUGGACCUGGAGAUAAAGUCCACUGACCGUGAAGUUAUGGAUCUGGUGAAAAAAUCAUCCUCUGACGUGAACAUGUCUCCUAGCACAGCCUCACCACAGUUGUCCAUGGCAAGCAGUUCUGGUGGGGAAUUUUUCUCUCAGACCAACCUUUCAGUGAUGAAGAAACAAUCACCGAGCCUUACCAACUUGAGGGGAUCCGUAGAGGACAUGCGAGAAGAGAAGACUGAGGAAUUUGAUUCUUGGUUGAAAGGAGUAGAGACCACUAAUGAAGAAGACGUGAAGUUUGUAAAGAAGAUUUCAGAAGCAAUUAAGGAUCUGGAUGAUGCUCUUGCAUUAGAGAAGACUUCUUCCUCAUCAGAUGAUUCUAGGCAAGAAAGUCCUGUAAAAGACACAAAUUCUCCAGAUGAAAAUCCCAUCCUUGACUUUAGAUUGGGACCCAUGAAUGAGGUCAGGAAGAGAAUAGAUUUAACUCAAGAUCUACAGGAUGACAGUCUGGUAAGGAGAGAUUCUUCGGGCACAGACACAGAAGAUGAGACCUGGAGGGGAAGGAUUGAAAGAGGGGAAUUCUCUGAAAAAGUGAAAGAAAAAUCAAAAAGUGUGACAGAUUUGAUGAUUCUAACUCAUAUCGAGAGUGAAGGUAGUGAAUCGGACUCUUUGCCCUCUUUAACAAGGCAAUAUUCAGUAGAGAAAACAAAAAGAAAAUUUUCAGGAGCGAUGAUGAGUACUAUUGGAUUUGGAAGUGAAGGGAAUAUUCGAGGUGCUGUUUUGGGUGAGGAGUUUCAAGACGCUCUCAAACAACUUCAGGCAGAAUGGAAACUCCGGGAUAUGGAGUCUAGAGAAAAUUCCCUUCAGUUUAUCAAAGGUGAGGGGCAACCUUCAUUACAACCGGAUAAGUUGAAUUUUUUAGUCAAUGAUGCCUCGGAAAAAAAUAAAUCUGAAAAGUCACUAGUUACCAAAGGAUGUUACAUGACUGAACCUGUAGUCGUAGUUCUCAGCCCCUCUCAAAUUUCAGAAGGCACAGUUGUCAAUGAAGUUUUUCAGGGAAACUCAAUUCCUUCUCAUGUUACGCUUGAUGUGGAAUUAAACAACAUGAAAAUUUCCACAAACGAGAAUAAAGAAGAAAACUUAAAAUUAUUAGAAAACGAUGAAAGUUCUUUAAGACAGUCUAGGUUAAGCCCAGAAACAACUGAUAUUAGUGAAAUUUCCCAGAACACUGAAUCAUCCUCAGAAAUUUCAACACCAACACAGUAUGAAGUUAUCUCAGUUUUAGAUAAUGUCCAGACAUUCAUUAAUAGUGAAAAAGAACAUAGCACAUCUCUAAAAAGCUGUGUAAGUGUUACUAAAGAACUUCCAUCAAAUAUACUAAUCAAACCUGUUGAAAAAUCUAAACCUGUUAAUGACAUUAAAGUGGGUUGUAAAACAGUUGUAGCCCCAAAUAAAGAGAACAUUUUUGAAGAAGAGAAACCACUGAAUAAUGAAACAGAUAAGAUUGUACAUUUAGUUCCUAAUAUUAAUGAUGUAGAAAGGUGUCCAUACAGUGAAGAUGAACAAUUGAAAACCAACUGUGAUAUGAAUAGUAAACCAGCAGACUUCUCUGUAACUAUUAAAACUGAUAAUGUGUGUGUAACUAGUGUUGAUAAAUGUGUAGAGAGUACUAACGAUGCAACAGAACUUGAUAAUAAACUAAUAAAAAAUAUAAAUGAUUUGCUCAGUAAAAGUGCCACUCAGGUGGAAAAUGACUUUCCACUCUGUAACUCGUUAAUGGUAGCCAGUGAUUGUGUUGUUUCCGGUCCGAGUGAAUUUGAUGAAAAUUCUUUUUGUGAACACAAAAAUGUUCAGUCUGAUUUGGUUGUGGGGGACUGUUUACUCUUAAGUGAUGAAAAGAAAGAAAGCACAUUCAUCCCGGAAAUUGUUGUGACAGAGGCGAGUAUUUUGGAUGUUGAGAGUGAUUCAGAGCCUGAGAUUGACUUCUCGAGUGGCAGGAGAAGGAAGAGAAAUGUCAGGGUUAUCAUUUCCAGUUCAGAUGAUUCUGAGGACGAAAUUGAUAAGGUUGUUGAUAAUGUGACAGUCUCUGAUGGUUUCAAUUUGACAAGAAACGAUUUGGCAGUAAGUACUCCAUUUGUGAAAGACAAACAGAUUUCCAUUUGUGACGAGAAUAUUUCUGAUGAUGUAACGUUUCAUGAGGUAACACAAGCGGAACCUUUUUUCGUUCCUUGUGCUAAAGAGAACAAACCAGUUUCCCCUUCAAAUGAGACCUCAGUCAUUCUGGGAUCUUGUGAAGACUAUACUCUGGACUAUUUUAAAGGCUUGAAAACCACAUACGGAAAACAAACGAGCGACGAGUCCACUGACGAGUUUUCGAAGAGUGAGGGUGAAGAGGAAGAAAAGAAACAGUGUUCUAUUAACAACUGGGAUGAGUUUCUAACGAGCACACUUCACCAAAGGUACCAAGAUAAUCCGGUAAGCUCUGAUGUGGAAUUCGAAACGAGUGACACGGAUUUCGAACUUAACGACAAGAAUAGGGAAGAUAACAUUGAGAACUUCAAUGAUUUCCUUGACGAUAACGUCGACAUCCUCAAACCGAAAAUGAAAUAUAGUGAAAAGUUAAAUGAGGAUUUGAGAAAUAAUGUGGUGAUAUGUGAUCGAAUGGAUAUAUUUGAGAAUUUAAAUGUGAAACAGAAUUUUGAAGACCACGACCAACAAAUGCAAGAGGUUAAGAAUCGUUUAGAAGAUGUGGCGAUGCUCUCUGAAAGUUUUUGCUUAAAAAACCAAAAGAUCUCUAUGGACGAUGAUGAGGAUGGAAAAUUGUUGACACCAGAUGAUGAGAGGAGCAGUGACUCCGGCUUCCGGGAUAAGGGAAGCCUCAGCGAGAGUGUAGAAGAUGCCUGUGAUGAGAAAUACAACCUAGAAGACAUUGAUGCUGAGCUAGAGGAACAGUAUAGCAAACAUAUUGAGACGAAGUCGAUAGAAGACAUGGAGGAAAAUAAAACUAAUUUAAAAGAAGAUCUUGGAGUAAAUAAUGGCAGUGAUGAAAGUACAUUUAUGGUUAAUAUUGUCAGUGACACGGCCCUUGAACAAGAUUGUAAUGAACCAGAACCAACUGUACAACCAAUUGAGUCUUCUAAAAGUUGUCAAACGCUAGAUGAAAUUUUGUGUUUGCCUUCUGAACAGUUUGAUGAUAAACAAGAUAGACUAAAUAAGCUUGACAAUGCCUUGAAUUCCAAUAUAGAUCAUUAUUUUGAAACAGGUUCACAAACGAAGACCGGUUGGUAUUUGCAUCCACCUCCUGGGACAGCUUUGGUUGAUUCGCAACCGGUAGCUAGUGGGUGGCUACCGGCAGCACCUGAGGAAGGAAAAGAUACAAGCUAUGUGUCAUUUGACAUUGACGAAGAAUUUGUUACUGCAAUCCGAAAUGAGUUAAGGGAGAAGCUUCCUUGUGCCCAAAACCCUGAGAGAGCAGAAAAUGCUGAGGAAGAUGUAUCUCCAGAAGAGGAGAGAACCGAUUUGGUCAUCCAGUAUAAUACAUUCCCAGUGCCUCUGUCACCAAUAUUUGAAGAGAGAGAAAGCAUAAGUUCUAAUCAGUCAUCACUUUUGUUGGAUGAUGCAGGGAAAAGUAUUGAAUCAUCAGGAAAGUCAAGCCCAGUGAUGUAUCUGGAUGCCACAAAAGAAGACGGAAAUCUGUUGCGGUUUGAAGAUGACAUCAGAAAUGCAUUGGAUGUUUGCAAUUCAGAGAGCACUGAAAGUGAUAAUAUCUUAGUGACUGUGGAGGAUUUAGAGAAUGCAAGAGGAGGGAAAGCGCAGAAAGUUGUGGAGAAUACAAAAGAUGAAAUGGAUGACUUAUUGAUCGUUGAUACUGAAACUAAUAAAGUGACACUUUAUGAAAGUCCGAGACCAAGGUCACAGUUGGCGUUCGUGAAGCAAAUCGUAGAGCCAGUGGAUGAUAACAGUUCUGUAAACUCUGAAACCUACACUUUCUACCAUUCAGCUGAUGACAAUAUGUUGUCUGUUGACAGAAAUAACCCCACUUAUACUCCUGAUAGUGUUUCUCCUUUAUCAUCGGGCUCAAGUCGCACUGGAAUAGCUGUGUCAUUUUCAUCAUCAGAAACAGGAGGCAAUUUGUCUGGAUUUUAUCUAUCACCUUCAUCAGUCAGAUCAGACCUGUUUGACAAUGGGCCUCCAAGUUUGCCAUUUGAUCUUGGACAAAUGUACGAACCAGUGGAGGAAAUCCGGCCCAACAAUGAGGCUGAAGAAAUUGUACAAGAACUGGUGGAAGCAGGGAUGUUGAAAGAAUCUGACCUGAAAGAAGAAAGCGAGUUUUCUGAUGUUUUGAGUUGUGGGAUGAUCAGCAGCAAGGAAAGUUCUGGUGAGACAUCAGAUAAUGUCAAUUCAGAAACAACAGAUGAACAAAAUAACGAUAACGGAAGUUCCGUUGAAACCUCUUUAGGCAAGAGUGAAGAAACAGAUUCAUCUGUUUCUAAUGAUCUCUCCACUGUAAUGAAAGGCAACUUCAAUUCAAAUGCUCUUCAGUUAUGUACUGUUUCACUAAAGAAUGAGAGCAAAAUCUGUGAUAAAAUCGAUGAAAUGUUAGAUUCAGUCGAAAAAACCGUCACAACCGACACAAGAAGGACAGUUAAAGUACAAACUGAUGACUCACAAAACUGGUUAAAAUCUGUUCUUUUAUCCAACUCGGUGUCUUUACCAGAACUAAAUGAAAGCUCAAAGAAUGAGAAUGCAGUAGCUUGCCUGAACAAUGGCUGGCCAAAACCAGAAGAAUUGAUAACACAAUCAUCACCUGUUGUUACUCAAGUGACUGCAACAACACCUGAGUCUCCUAGUAUGGACCUGCUGGAGGUAGCAGCAAAGUUCUAUGAUGUCAACUCAACCUUGGCUAUCUCGACGCCAAAUAAUACAUCAUUUGAUGAGAGUAAGGAUAACUCCCAGUUGUCCUCAUUUACAUCGACACCUACCCUGGAAACAAAGUGUAUAACCGUGGGAUCGACAAAGAGUUUUGAAAAGCCCUUGAUAAUUGAGCCUAAAAUUUCAGUCAAGGACUCAAAGGAAGAAGUGAAGAAUAUUCCAUCAUUAAGUGACUUAGCAAACGAAGUGGUCCUCAAACUGCCAUUGAGUGAAAAUAAGAAUACUCCUUCAGAAGAUUCAUCUCCUGAUGACUCCGAACGAGCGAGGAGACUACAAGGCAUGACUUUGGCUCUAGAACCCUCAGUUGUGUCGAAAGCUCCGAUGCCAUCACCAGAAGACGCUGACAAGGGAACAUGGCGACCCACCAUGGGGCAACUCAUGGAGCUGACAAAUCAGCCUGAGCAAGAUGACAUGAUGACAACCUCAUUCAUUGAUGUCGACAACAAUGACUAUGCUCCGGACUGGGAGAGUGACACCUCUGAUGAUUCUGAAGAACAUUCUUCUUCAAGCGGAGAGUUUAUCUGGAGGGAAGGGGAUAGGGAGGAAGCGGUUCGUGUCGUCAUUGCUUGUGACGAUCUUGAGCCGCAAGAGGGGGUAUCAGAGAUGUCAAUGGCCCGGAUAUCUGAGGAGGAAGGGGAGGAUGAGGAUGAUGGAGAGGAGGGAGAGGACAACUCGAGCUGUGCCAGUACUACAGAGUUUGUUCCUUCUACAUGGGACAGUAACGCGACCCCCACCAAGUCUGCGUUGAGGUCUGCCGAGAAGCAGAAGGGAGAGAAGCGUAAUGUUUACUUCAAGCGUCAGAAAUACCACUGCGUGUAUGAGUACCCACGUGAGCCAAGUGAUAGUGAAGAUGAGGAGGAACACAACAUCCUGCAGAGGCGAACAUGGCAGUCUCCUUCCACCUUUGAUUACUCCACUUAUGCCGACUGGGAGUAUGGAGAAGGAGAAGUGGAGGAGGCAGAGAGUGACUCAGACGACAAUGGUCCGCGACAGUUGCCAGAAUCGGAGUAUGACUUCUACCGACUGAGCAACCUCGACUUCGAUAUGAUGACGCAAAUGAAUCUGGAUGAGGGAGAAUUCUUCAUCAGCAGCAGUGCUCGACCUUUCCAGAUGGGAGACUCAAGUCAGUUCUUUCCAGGGAGUCUCUCAGAUGAUGAUUUUCUUGUAGAAUUUCAACCAUGUGCCGCUGACACGGAGGAGGUGGUUAUUCCUUCUUCCGAGCAGCUUCGAUUAGACGAUACAAUCACUGGUAGGCUGCGUGAAGUGAAGACAGAAGAGAAACAGAAACCAGUGGAUCUCCAUAUCGCAACGGACCCUGUGGUGGGGUCUGCUGAGGUGAGCCCUACCCUGGGUGAGCUGAGACACACGAGGCAGCGGCUCACACUGGACUUAGGUCGUGGUGAGGGACGGGAAGGGAAGGGUGAGGCCUCUCUCCUGGACAGUGGUGGGGAAGACAGUGGUGUAGAGAGUACGGCGACUGGCUCUUCGGACCGGCUUGACCAGGUGCAAUCUUCAGAGGCGUGAACAAACCGAACUUUGGUCCUGUCUGGAUCAGAUUGUGGUAAUUUGAGUUUUCCGCCAGGGAAGUGCGGUUGAAUGAUGAGAUUUACAUCAGUUCAUAUUAUAUGAAAAACAGGAAAAUCUAUAUAAAUUAUGUUCAACCUAAAACCAAAAUCAAUGGUUUUAAGUAAAGUUUUGCUAAUUAUAUCUUAGAAAUGUUUUAAAAUUAUUUAAAAAUUUGUAUUUUUAAACAAUUUUAUUAUUUUUUUAUAUUGAUUUCUGAAUAAAAACAAACCAAUUUAUUAAUCAA